AUGGCUUCAAACACGGGGAAGGCGGGCGUCAUUGUUGCUCCUAAGGAUGCUGAUCCGAUGGAGAACCUUGCUCAUGCCGUCCUCGACGAUAUCCUAUACAAUGUUAUUCAAGAUCUGCUGGUCAAGACACAUCGGGACGAGAAAAUGGCGAGGACAACCACCGCCGUCAUUCGAGUCGAGAAGCUGGCUUCCGACGCCUCGGAGGGCUCUACACCCGAUGCGAAACCCGACGUGCGUGUUGAGACAGAUGCGGCCAUUUACGAGGACGGCAGAGUCCUGCUGAAGGGCAACCCUCUCAAGACAACCAAAGACAUUCUCUGCCCCAGGUGCCACCUCCCCCGGUUGCUCUACCCAACCGACGGCAAGGGCUCCAGGAAACCGGACCCCGGUGUCAUUUACUGCAAGAAGCACCCCUAUAUCGAGAAGCCAGGCUUCGACAUUUAUGGCCAGACCUGGGUGCAGCCGGGCCCGGGGAGGGGCAAAAAGAAGAAGGAUAUGAAGCCGGACCCCACUCUCGAACUUGCGAACGCUGCCAGCCCCGAUCAGCGCCCACCCAAUGUCCUCUCGUUCCCUUCCGCCACCUGCAGCAAGUGCAAGCGCUGCAUCUUGGUCACCAGGUUGAACAACCAUAUGGGCUCUUGCAUUGGAAACAGCGGGAGAAACGCCAGCCGAGCCGCCGCGGCCAAGAUCUCGAACGGCGGGAGCAACGGCAACUCGCAGAAUGACCAGACCCCUCCGUCGAGCCAAAAGGCGACGCCGGUCCCCGGCUCACGGGCAUCGAGUCCGAAGAAACGCGACAGCGAAGAGAUUGCCGACGAAGAGGACGUGUCGGAGGCGGGCGCUCCUAAGAAGAAGAAGCUCAAGCCGUCACCGCUGACCAAGAAGGUGAUCCUCAAGACCAAAGUCCCCAAGAAGGACAAGGUCAAGGGAGCCUCCUCGCUGAGCGUGGAGCAAAAGAUGGACGACGACGAUGCGGACAACUCGACCGUCGAAGUCGCGCCCAAGAAGCUCCUGGACAAGGAGGGCAGUGCUAACGGCAAUGGCAAGGCAGCGAGUCCGACGAAAAAACUGAAGGCGAAUGCCGCGAAACCGCCCAUGCCCCGGUCGAUGAGUAAAGGGACCCAUGACGGCGACGGCGAAUCCGAGUCCUCCGGCACCUUAUCAUCCCCGCCACAUCACUGA